AUGGACAUCCUGCUGACUGUUAAGCUGACGAGCCGGCAGCUGCGGCUGCGACGGUCCCCCUCCACUUCCGUUUCCCCCCAACUCGAUUCAAGCUCAACCCCGUCAAGCUUCAUGCAUUGCAACACGAGGCGCCUCGCGCUGCACGGGGCCCCUGCUCCGUACUUUGUUGUUAAUCCUCACCUUUUUGAAGACCCUCAGCUAUGGCCAACCGAACGCCUAAGACAACUCUGCAGCGAAUUCGGCUGCUCCCCAUACGGCAGCCGCAGCGCUCUAGUAGGGCGCCUGCAGGACUUAGACUGGGACCCAACAACAGACGCCCCGAUAGACUGCUUCGCAGCAGAAGACUGUGUACAGCAGCAGCAGCAGCAGGAAGGCGACGAGGCACUCAGCCACCUGCCGCUUUCUUCUGUCUGUACAGCUGAAGGGAUGCGAGCUGCCCUUGAGGAGAGCCAACCAGCAGCCGUGUCAGUGAAGCCAGUGUUGAUGCGGCGAGACAGCGAAGAGCUGUGUAGCUACGAGGCCCUCCGGAUGUCCUCUAUUCAAAGGGCAGCAAGCGAAAGCCCUCAAGACAAAAAGACAGAAAGAAAGCAACGAAAGACAGACGCCUCCAGUGCAGACUCAGCACAACAACAGAACAUGAACAGGCGGCGGGGCACCAAAAGACGAAGGGAAGAAUCAGCCACAGAAAUGCAAGCCGCUACUUCACCUCGCAAACAAAUUAAAUUCUGUCCCUUCAACAACGUACAACUCAUCACAACUCAUAAACUCGACUACGACAGUAAGGAAACAGAAGAGAAGAUAUUAAAAGGCCUCUUCUCCUCUUCACUUGUUUUCUUUCGUUCAUCGAUAUAUAACAAACCCUUCAUCGAUAUAUAA